AUGUCUCACAUCCGUGCAGGCAUCGACCACGAAGUCGAGAAGGGUACUUUCAUACACACAAUCCGUAGCAAGCAAUUGGAUAAGCGGGCCUUGUCUGUCAUUAGUGUCAACUUCUUCCUGCAGGCUACAGGUGCAAUAUUUGCCUCCCUAAACGUCAUCUUCUUCGGCGGGUCGAUUCAGACGGCCGGUUUUCUUGCCGUGGGCGCUCUCGGACUCACGCUCAAUCCGAGCGUCGCCGUCAAGUCAGCAAUUGUCGCCAUGAUGAUUGUGACGACUACGGGGUUCAGUCUCGGCUGGGCACCAACAUCGCAGGUCCUUUCUGCCGAGAUUCCGAGCAUGCGCCUCCGUGACAUUACGUUUCGGACGGACAGCGUCAUCGGCAUUGAAUUGCAGUUCACCGUCGCUUUUAUGCUACCGUAUCUACUCAACACCCCCUACACUAACCUACCUAGGGUCCAAGGUUUGUCUGAUAUUCGGUACUCUCAGAAUUCUGUGCUCUUACUGGUGUUCGCCUACCUCGGCGUACCAGAGCGCAUGAGCCGCACACUCGAGAACGUCAACAUGCUCUUCGAGAUGAAGAACCCAGUCAGGAAUUUUCAGAAUACGGUCCUUUUGCCAGCCGCGCGUAAACAAGGCCAUGAUGAGCAAGACGAGGAGACAGCUUCUGAGAUAACAAUCGCGUUCUAUCUCGAGAAACAAGCAUGA